CAAAAUUCGAUGCCGAAAAUUCAAUGGAAACUGUUAUCGAAAAUUGUACCCAGGGGAAGUCUUCUGCCGCCAAUGUACUGUUGGGCCCAGCUAAAGUCAAAGUUAAGUGGCCAGCAAUGUUUAAUAGCCAAUUGUUAUGGCUUAGACAUGGGCCCUUGACUAAAUAUUGUCACGUCGAUAAGCCAUCGCAAGGGUGUCCCUCGGAGUGCCAAAUAUGAGUGGCCAAAAAUAACAGUUCGGUGUAUAAAAACCCCCCGAUGCCAACUGACUGACAACAUUCUAAGAUCACUCGACAACAGCUCAACAUGGCCUACAAGUUUACCUGCUCGCUGCUCCUGCUCGCCGUCGUUGCCUCAGUGGCCCUGUCGGAGCCGGCCAGAUUCCGCGGCCGCUCAUCCCGCUUCCAGCUGGCUCGCCAGGAAGAGGCACCGCAGGACCCAGCGGCACCUGGUGCGGAUCCCUCUCUUGAUGUGGCCCCCACUCCAGCCUCGGCGCCCUAUCCACCAGCGGGAAUUACUCCCGAGGUGCCCUUUGACCUGCCCACGGAGACAGAGGCCCAGCCAGAUCUGACAUAUGGCCCGCCCGCCGAGCCGGACAACACGUACGGACCCCCUGCCGAGCCGGACAACACAUACGGACCACCCGCCGAGCCGGACAACACCUAUGGACCACCUGCUGAUGCUGCUCCAGCGGAUCAGGCCGCAGUUGAUGAUGCCUUAGCUGCCGAGCCCAUUCCCGCCAGUCUGAUCCAGCCACGCAACGGCCGCCUCCGCAGUCGCCGUCCAGUGCCGGAGAAGCUUCGCUCAGCACAGAUCGUACGCUCCAGGCCUGUUUUGGUGUACACCAUCUGAGGCGUGGAGUAUUUUUUUUUCAAGGACUUUUUUUUUAUCCGAAUCGUACCCAAUGGAAGCAUUAGGAUUACACAUUAGGAUUUAUUGUUGAAUAAUAAAUAAUCAAGUAAUUGUUGAGUAUUUUA